AUGCUCCUUUCAUCAUGCCGUAUGAGAAGGUUCGUGCGGCCGGUCGUUGCCACAGGCAGGUUGAACUGGACAAAUGGCCUGCACGCAACCAGCGGCUGCCGCAAUCGCCCGCACAGUGGCUUGCGUACUCAUGGCCACGGUGAGCAAGGCGAUCACGAUCACGGGCAUGGGCACCACCAUGGGCACCAGCAUGAGCACCAGCAUGGGCACCAGCAUGGGCACCCUGGGCACCCUGGGCACCAUGGGCAUGGGCACCAUGGGCACCAAGGGCACCAAGGGCACAGCCGCAAGCAUGGCGAGGGCCACCUCCAGCAUGGUCGACAUGGCCAUAGUGGACAGGGCGGUGGUGCACAUGGGCACCUGCAUGUCUUGGGCUGCCAUGACCACAGCCACAGUGCAGACAUGUCCGAGCUGAAAGGAGAAGCGAUCAAGGUGACCUUGCUGGGGUUUAGUUUCAACUGCCUGCUUGGAGGGCUCCAAUAUUUUGCUGGGAGUUACUGCAAGUCGGCUGCCCUCACGAGUGAUGCCAUCCACACCCUGACGGACACCCUAUCCGACAUCAUUACAUUGUGCGUGGUCCAGACGGCUAUUGGCCCGGCAACCACCCACUUCCCCUUUGGACGGGGAAAGCUCGACUCGUUAGCAGCUUUUGGGGUCUCCGGGAUCAUGAUGGCCACAGGCUUCCAGGCAAUGCGCUUCUCCAGCAGCUUGUUCCUCGACGCGAUGGGCCUGGAAGCGAUGGGCCUCCAAGACACCAUGGGCGACGCUGGUGCGAAGGAAGAUGUAGCCUCUGCUAGCCACGAGGAAAGUGAGCAUGGACAUGGACAUACUGGACUUGCUGGACAUGGACAUUCCCAUGGCCAUGCACAUUCACACACAAUCCUUGAAGAUGGCCACGUCAACGAGGUGGCAGUGGGGACUUGCUUUCUUAUGAUUGCAGGUAAGGAGGGCUUGUACCACAUCACACGGCGCGCAGCUGACCGAUUGGGAUCCUCCGUACUGUUGGCCAAUGCGUGGCACCACCGCAGCGAUGCCUUGAGCUCUUUUUUCGUCCUCUUGGGUGUCUUGGGAAGGAUGUUCGUGCACAGCGCAUUUGACCCAAUCGCAGGAGCCGUGGUCUCCGCUGUCAUCAUCCGGAUUGCGUGGGGCAUCGGGCGCAGGUCAAUCACAGAGCUGCUCGACAUGCAACUGCCCAAGCAAGAUCUGCAAGACUUGAACGAUGCACUCACCCAGGCCCUGGCAAAGGUAGCAAAGGUGCCACUGUCUGUGGAAGUGCAGCAGUUGGUCGGUCGGCGUUCUGGUCCCGAUGUACACCUGGAGGCCCUCUUAGCGACGAGUGGGGAUUGGAGGGAGAUGUCUGUCCAACAGCUUGCGCAGCUGGAGACGUCUCUGCUAAGUGAGCUACACCUCGGAGGCCAUCGCAUGGUUCGAAGCCUCCGAGUCGUUCCACGUUUGUAG